AGCACUGACCCCGUUUGUUUGAUUUUGUACAAGAAUGCACGCUUCUCUUCGUGCGCAAAAUCCUGUAUCUGAUCUAUCUAAUAUAUCGCGAUAUUGUUGGCUGGAACUGUUGGCUGGCUUGCUGUUGGCUGGCUUAUUGUUGGCUCACUUGACAUAGGCUUGCAUGCAUGCAGUGAAUUACAUUACGUGGCCGUAUUAUCAAUCCACUAGUAAGUUAGGUCUCAAGGCGUCAAUUUUCUGAAACUCCUUUGAAACAUGAGAAGUAUACAAUUGCAAGAAUUUAAGGCAGAUAUUGGAAUGGAAAAUAUAAAAAUUACCUAAUCCUACAAGAUCUUGUUAAGAACAUUAAGAACAACACAGAUGUUCCUUCAAGCCUGUACUAGUUUUCUAACACAUCAGUGAUAAUACAUGUUAGUAGGUGAUCAGCUUUCAAGAUGAUGGGUUCUACUAGCAAUCUAGGGCGAGUCCACCAUGAGAGACUGGCCCCAUAUAUUAUUCUCCUUGUGGUCACCAAGUGUCUUCAAGCUCUAGGAAUCUUCAUCUCAUAUGAUGUACUCAAGCUGGUUCACCUUGUCAUAUUUGUAUUCAUUAUUAGAUCAGGAUCUGCAGCCGUUCUCUUUGUAUUACAAAGACCUUUAUCUACUGGUAGAAGACUCACCAAGCAUCAGUGGAUUAGAGUAGUGAGACAUGCAAUCGUUCAGACUGUCAUAUCUGUGCUAUGGAUCUUUGGAUUGACAUUGUGUGGUCCGCUCAGAUCGAUUUUAUUAUUUGAGCACAAUGAUGUUGUCAUCAGUGGGUUCGUAGCUGCAUUGUUUACAAGUCGAGGAGGUGGUCCAAGUAGGACAAGAGGUGGCUUUAUGUUUCUUCUUGCAAUUCUUUCGCUGUUACUCUUUGAUGUGGAUCUUCAGCAAAAGCAGCCUGAACAUCCUGAGGGACCUCAUAAAAGUGCCGUGACCCACGUCUUUUACCAGGCCAUUUCUUGGUUAGGGGUCUCGGACCAUAAGGGUGGGGUCAUCUUAUUGGUGGUUCUGCUCUUCGUCAAAGUGGCUUUCAGGAAUAUGUCUCGGAAGUUAUCAGUAGACGUUGGUGGGUCAAAAAGACUUCAUGCUCUAUCAACGAUUGUCUCAGCGCUCAUGCUGCUACCUUGGACCCUAAUUCAUUUAUUUGUUCAUCAGAAUGGACCAGAAUCCUGGAGGGCGCUGAUCCUUCCUUUUGCUGCUCUCAUCCUAGUCCUGUGUAUCUUAGAUUACUAUGUAGAAUCUGUAUCCAUCAACCACCUAGAGGUGUUCAGGACGGCUCGAUUCAGUGGAUACUCCCUCUUUCUGAGUGGACUGGUCCUAAGCUACUUCUGGAGCUCUUCCUACACUACGGGUGGUUCCAUUCUUGGACGGGUGGGUGAUUUACAGAUGGAAGAGCAUGCUCUGACUGGAGGGGUUAUCUUUAGUGCAAUAUUGUUUAUAUUUGCCACCAGGGUUCUUGGAUGCCCUCUCCCCAAGCCAGGAUCUAAGGGAAGUCUGGUAGGUUACACGGCUGGUGGUCUACCUCUCUACAACUUCACAGGGGAUACACUACAGAGGACCUCUCAGUCCUUAUAUGCCUUAUCAAGGAGCUUCCUAAGGCAGAUCCUGGAAUCUUACGACUCCAGGCAGAUCUUCUACUACCUUUGUAUCAAUUUGGUGUUCACAUUUGUUGAGCUGUUCUAUGGUAUGUGGACCAACAGCCUAGGUCUGAUCUCUGAUGGAUUCCAUAUGUUGUUUGAUUGUACUGCACUCGUCCUGGGUCUGUGCGCUGCAGUCAUGUCACACUGGAAAGCUACCAGGAUAUACUCUUACGGGUAUGGCAGGGUAGAAGUUCUAUCUGGAUUUGUUAAUGGCCUCUUCUUGGUUGUGAUUGGCUGCUUUGUAUUCACGGCUGCUAUUGGACGCCUCUUAGAUCCACCUGAUAUCAACACUGAUCAACUUAUGACCGUGUCAGUAAUAGGCCUCAUUGUUAAUCUCAUCGGAAUCAUGGCAUUCAGCCAUGCUCAUUCACACAGUCAUGGGGGCGGUUCUAGUCACGGCCACUCCCACGGAAGUGCGAGCUCCUCCCAAUCAACAAGUCACGCCCACUCCCAUGGCAGUAGCCAGUCAAGUCAUGGGCACUCGCACCACCACCAUGGAGGAUCCGACCACCAUGCAGGCCAUGAGAAGAAACCGGCCUUCAAGGCUAAGAACACUAACAUGCAAGGUGUUUUUCUGCAUGUGCUGGCGGACACCAUGGGCAGUGUGGGCGUUAUCAUCUCGGCAUUCCUCGUCGAAAAUUUUGGCCUCCUCAUCGCGGACCCUAUUUGUUCCAUCUUCAUCUCUGUCAUGAUUCUCAUCAGUGUAGCCCCGUUGCUAGGGGAUACAGCGUCCAUCUUGCUACAAAGGAUACCACCAGAGCUUGAGCCUGGCUUGAAUGAAGCAUUAUUCAAGAUCCGGUCUAUAAAUGGUGUGCUGUCGUUCCGGAAACCCCAUUUUUGGAGGCAUUCAGGGGACAUAGUUGCAGGAACUCUACAUAUUCAGGUUGAACAGGGAGCAAAUGAACAAAAGAUCAUUCAACAGGUCACAGCCCUCUUCAAGGAACAAGGAAUAACCAACUUCUCCGUUCAGGUAGAGAAGGAGGCAUUCUUCCAGCACAUGUCCGGUCUGAGUGCCAACUUUGACCAGGUUCUUAAGAUGACCAAUCAGAUGGAGCAGAUUGGCAACUUGGACACCCAGCUCUAUGAUAUCAAAGCUGUUUGAAUUGUACCAGCAGCGGUGAGACCAUUGAUGAUCAUCUUUGACGUGAAGACAUGAUUGUGGCGUCGUGUUCACUGCAGCUAUAGGUGGGCCUUUUCAGAAUUCAUUAUUAAACAGGUUAGGAUGAACUGUCAAAUUGGUAACCUGGCCGACCAGUUCUAUGUUUGAAUUGUGAUAGCAGCGUUUAGACCAUCGAUGACGAUCUUUGACAUAGCCAGGUUUGAACUGAGCUAGAUGGGCCCUGUACAAUGCCUUUAGGGGCUUCGGAAAACAGUAGUCAUUAGGUAAAGAUGACCGGUCAGAUAGAUCAGAUAAGCUAAGAGGACAGCCAGUUUUAUUACACAUGUAUCAAAUCUUUGUGCAUUGUGAUAGACUUGACCCAGAAAUCUUUGAUCAUGAGAUGAGACUCUAUUUGUGGCCAGGUGCUGUAAUAUUAUAUUACCCUAUUGGUAAAGCAAAGUUGCCCAUCACUUUAAGACUAUUGGUCUUUUCAUAUGAGGGCUGUCUAGACUGUGCUGAAGUUUCUUAAGAUGGCCAGAGGGACAAAUGAACAAGUGUGGUGCAAUGCAUUAGACAAGUGGACCAAGUUGCAUGCCAUGAAGAAAUUGCUAAACUAGUUGAUGUUCAGACAGGGGAUUGUCAAGAUAAGGUAUUGGAGAACUAUGAUUGUUGUCAUGCACAAUAUCGUUUACUUAUUGUGAUAUUGGGGUCUUUCAAGCAUAAAGUAUUAAAAAGGAGAUCAUGUGGAUUCAGAGCCUAAUGGUAUCAAGGUUUUCUAGACUUAAGACCCCAUUUAUGCUGGGCAAAUGAAUGUCCUGUCUGAGGCCAUAUAUUGUCUAAACUCUCAAGCAUGAAAGUAUUUUGAAACCUUGGGCCAGUCAUGAAUGAUCAAUGUUAUCAACAAGCCAAAUCUACUUGCCGUUCUUAAAUGAAAUCUGAUUUAUGAGUUGGUCAAAUCACUAUAUAUCACUUGGUACAUUAUAAUCUGCAGAGUUUCCUAAAGUCAUUUUGCAUGUAAACGGCCAAUCAGCUUUUCCUUAAGCUUAUCAAAAUAUUCUGCAUACAAGAAAUGUCUGUAUUUUCAUGUAUUGCUGCUUUUAAAAUAUACAUUUGCAAUUUUGUUGUCUGAAAAAAGUCAUAUGUUCAGGUUAGAUCAUAAACAUGUGUGACAUUUUAAUUCCCCCCCAAAGGUAAAGACAAAGUUACAAUCGCUAUUUGAUCUUUAUAGGAAUACUAGGAAGUAUCUUUCCCUUGCAAUUAUAAUUACUAUUCUGGUUAGAAUAAAAGACUACCCGAAGCACUACCAGGAAAUAUUGUGGUCUGAGGUGCAAAGAUUUGAAACAGGAAAGCGUAAACAAUAUCGAUGUCAAUCAUCAUUGGCACAUUCCCACUCAGGUUAAAUAUGUGACUUGCAGCCCCCAAACCACAAGUCACAAAUUAAUUUUGAGAUUUCUUUUGGGCUUGAAAUAGCACAUCAUGUACUUUAGAAUGAUAUACAACUUGUCAAAACUAAAUAACAUUAACUCAAGUACUUGAUUUAAUGUAGAAGAAAGUCAGUGAGAGCUCUAAUUUUGAGCUUUGCUCCAGCAUGAAGUGUGCACUCGUUGCAUUCUCAAUGAAACUUAUAGUUGUUGGGGGGAGGGGAAUGAAAAUUUGACAGCAUGAAGAAGAAUAAUUUUUUUUCAACAUGUUUUUUUUAAGUUUUGAAGACCUGUAUUGACUACACAGAAACAGAAACGUUGUUAGCACUAACAGUGCAAUAACAGAGGCCAUGUUACAAUCGGUAAUGUGGCAGCGAUGUCUUAUGUUACAACAAUAUAUUGCUUAACAUUGAAAUAAAUGUUUUGACUUAACAAUCCGAAAGAUGUGACUGAGCUUACUGUUAGCGCUGUGUUAGGCUAACAACAUUUCUGUGCUGUUGGCACAUAUUACUAUUGAGGCGAUUUACAGAGAACCUUCCCUUGCAACUUAAUGUUGGUUUUGGGUGGUUGGUCGCAUGUAACUGAAAUGCAAUACAUGUUUGCCAAACUCCAGGCACAAAGUCAUGUGUAUCAUUAGAAGCAGCAUUCUGACCAGUCCAGUAGGUAUGAAGAUUGAUGAGACUUGUCAACAGUAAGAUAUUGAUCAGAUGGAUCUACAAAUAUUAUUGAUAGUAUAUAGACUUUUCUUUUAUAAAAUGAAUAAAUUAUUUUCAAGUGUAUGGUUCAUCAUUCCUCUUAUUGUAAUCAGUGUUGUCACAGUAUUAGUGACUUUCAGAGCUUUCCAUCACUCAAAAUCUCCCCCCCCCUCCUUUCUCAGAUCUCAGCUGUUCAUUGUGCAAUCGCAAUAGAAAUGGCCACAUACGACACUCACAAAGUAAUCUCCAGGCUGAAUCAUAGUCAAUUGUUCCAAAAUUAUUCAAAAGCUAUUUUUAUUUUGGAUUACUGUAAUUAAUCAUGGUAAUGGAUGGAUUAAUAAUUUAACUGUUAAUCCUUAAAUCCAUUUCAAAAACUAAAAAAAUCUGAGUUUUGACUUUCUUCUAGGAUUCUUGUCUUAGUUUUCUGAAAAUUGGCGAUGCCACUUUUCUUUUAUUUACUUCAGUUUUUAAUUAUUAUUUUAACCCUAUCUAGCACAGUUUUGAUACAAUUGUCUAUAGAAUUUUGGAGAUUAUGUCCAGGUUGACGUUGCGUCAGUGCCAAUUUUACGUGAACAGCCAAGAUCGGGGGCAAAGAUGCAGCUUGAGAAUUAAGUUUGGUUCCUUAUGAAUCAUUGCCAUGAAACAAAUAAAACAAAGGGAAUAGUAUAGAUAUAGGAUAUCAGAUAAAUUUUAUUUUCAUUGUUUUCUUAUGAUUAUUUCAACCUUACAUAAUAAUUACUAUUUUUAGUGUUACUUUAAUUGAAAAAACAAUGAAAAUCCAUAUUUUAAUGUUCGAAAAAUUCAUUAUUGUCCGUAUCUUAAUAUUAAUUGUGUUAUCUAUUGCACUUGGAAAUUUCUACCUAUAUUUUUAUUCCUUACAUUUCAGAGAUCUCAAGUAUAGUAGUAUUUCCAUAAAGUUAGUAAUAACUUCAAAGUGGUUACACAAUACCAGUUAUGGUAUUAAGUAGCAGUAACCGGUAACUGAAAAAGGACAACUUUUAUGAAGAUGAGAGAGAGUCCAUGAGAACAGGGAUGUUGAAAUUGUCUCAACCCCCACCACCCUCUGUAAAUGAUUGUUAUCUCAGAAUAAAGAUUACACAAGCGGAUUCAGUAAUUCAUUAGCAGAUUUUCUUUUCAGAUAAGAUGAAAAUGAAAAUUGUAUAAUAGGGUAAAGUUCACUGGUUUGAAAUGAUAAUCUCUGAUGAUUGGUGCAUUUUCUCCUUUCGCAAAGAAUUUCUACAGGUACAUUCAACACAUAUACAAUGUUAGGAUACUGUAUGAUGGUACCUACAAAUUGGUAAGAAUUAAAUGAGAGAACGGAAGUGUAAUGUAAUUAUAAUUUCUGAAUCCUAAUCAAAAUUAUAUUCUGGCUUUAAAGCCAA